AUGUCCGAUUCGGCGGAAAGACUCGCGUUGCGUGGAGUACCAAAGUGCGAGCGGAUUGUAAGUGAUGCCGCGUCCAAAUUUUAAGAAACAACCUGGAAAUCGCGCGGAUUUUGCUGGGAUUUCCUUUCACUUUGGACGCUUUUUUUAAAGACUUUAGACGCGGCAUGAAAAACGUGAAAUAUCACCGAAAUUCGUUAUUCAUCAGGUGGACGUCGUGAAAUGGCUGACAAAGAACAAGCUGUCGGUGGAAGACGCGGAAGAGGCGACGCGCGAGAAGUACAACAGGUACAGGAACGUCGAGAUGACGAUGAGCGCCCAAAAAGCGCGGAUGUGCGGGAAGAUCCCGGAAUUCGACAACAACAUCGGCCUCAUCGACAUGCUGAUAGCGAAAAGGGACGCCAACGAGCCGUUCGUGACGUCGUUCAAGAUCUCCGAAGACGUUUACCUUAAAGCCGUCGCCAAGAAACCCGAGGGAGUCAGUUUUUCGUCCUUUUCGGCGAUUUUUCCGUUUUUCCAGGUUACUCUGUGGGUUGGCAGCGAUUUGAUGGUCGAGUACGGUCUGGAGGAGGCGAAACAGAUGUUGCAGACGAACCGCGCUUCCGUGCAGAUCAUCGCCGACGAGCUGAUCCUCGACAUGGAAUACCUGAAGGAUCAGCUGACGAUGACCGAAGUGAACCUCGCGUGCAUCAUCAACUACGGCGUUAGAAAGCGGCGCGCCAUUGCCAGCAGAAAUUGA